GCACCCGGCCUCAGUCGUCCCCUUCUCCCUGGGUAACACUGGGACAUUCGCUGAGGCAGUCUCCUGCCUCCCUCUAGCUUUGCUGGUAGAAGCUGAGCGUGUGGGUGGCCCCGCCACCUCCCCUUCUUUACUGGUUAAUAGGCAAGAACCUGGUUCACUCGCCUCACCCCUCAUUUCUCUGGUCCCUGUCCUUUUGAAGGCCUUUACCUGGGGCUCGGAUACCCCACAUUUGACAAGCUCCAGUUGUGAUUUGUGCCUGGAAGCUGCCACCUGACCAAGGCUUUGGGCCUAGGGAGGCAUCAGCACUAAAGGUCAAGCCAGCUAAUCCUGCCUGUCAGGCAGAGCAGCUAAAAUUAAAACUGCCAAGUGGCUUUUCUUUCUCUGCUGGUGGCUUGCAGCCUGCCAGCACUGCAGGCUGAGGAGAUUGGGGUGGGGGGGCAAGACAGUGCCCCACCUUGUGCUUCGUAAGCACUUCUUUGCAAAGGGUCUUAGGCUCUUUCGUUCCUUUGUGUCUAGGGCCGUGGAUAGAGGCACCAGAAAAAGCCGUGUCUGGCCUCUGCGAGGUAGAGGUCUUUGUCCUGUCACUGGGAUUCUGCUCUACUGCCCCCGGGGAGCUUCAAUAGAGUCAGCCCCUUCCCAGCUGCCUUUCCUUCCUCAGGGAGGCCAAGGGAUAGCCGCCCCCAGCACCUGGGCCUUGGGGACAACUCUCGCCUGGGCUGCUUUCCAGCUUCAAGCUGGAGCUGGCCACUGCUGUUGAUCUGGAGCGGAGCCCUGAUGUCUGGUCCCCGCCCAGGGUGCCUGUUCUUUGAUGUAGGCCUGCAGGGGUUAAGGAGGUCUCAAAGUUCAGUGGGCUCCCUAACUAAGCCUUAAACCUCCCUCUACCAAAAGGAGAGGGAGGGGAGAGAUCUUUCCCUUUGUCCUUGACUGACAACAUGGAGGCAGGGCCGGAACCUGGCUACCCUCUUUGACCUUGGCUUCACCUCAUUGCUUCCCCCACAAGCUGUUUCCCUGGUGGGCUCAUUGGGCGGUUAAUUAGCUCUUUGAAGCUCUGGAAUAGGCAAAGUGGUGCUGUGUGGGUUUUAGAAAUAAAAUCAAUAAAUGACUUAACCACAGCCCAGCUAUCUCCUCCGUCUCUCUCCCCUGGGGCCAGCUCCAUUCCUGUGCUCGCUCCCUCUCUGCUCCCUGCCGUCAGCUUUUGUUAAGGUUUUGGAGAGUAACAAAGUGGCUGACGAAGGCAUCAGUCUCGGGCCUUUCUCCAAGCAGCUCGAGGCCCUGAAAUGGAGGAGAGACAGCAGGAAGGCUUGGCCCUGAGAAUGGCAGCAAGCGCCUGCUUUUGGCAGAAGGGGAGAGGUGAGGCCGGCUUCCCACCUGCCCGGAGAUACCUAGGGUGUAGUAAAGGCCCUGUUAGGUGACUUGCUGCAGAGGACCAUCCACUCUUGUCCCUGUUUGUGCUGCUGAAGCAGUAUGUCCCCACCUCUGUAAAAGGAAUGCCAGCUGGGAAAGGUCGGAGUUAGGGCUUUAUUACUGAAACCCAACCAAGUGCUCUAGAGAAACCCAAGAUGGGUCUGGGAAAGGAGGCAGGGUUUCUGGUGAGAAACCCAGUCAAGUAAACAACCUUGAGUUCAGGUUGAAAACAUGCGCUUUCAGAGUUCUUUAACUGCACAUGCAACACUAGGGAGCGAAGAAGCAGCCAGGGCCUGGGGAGACACGAAGUAGGGCAGUUUGAGCCUUCAAGGUUUCAUCCUGGCAGGCUGGGAUGUGUAAAAUAAAGGAAAAAGCCUGGAAACUGAGUUGGGGGUCACUGACACAAAGACUGAAAGAACCCCCAAACAAGAAGAGCAGUUAAAGAACAAGUCAAAAGUAUAUCCGUUUCCAAGAGAAACAAGGCAUGUUCCAGUUCCGAGGAGGGGUGCGCACUGAAUCGAUAAGCAGCAAGGAGGCCAACCGCCGGAAAAGGAUUUCAUUGGGCGGGAUAAAAAGAUGGGAAUGGCCUGUUGGGAGCAGGUCCAUAGUGGCAGGAAGAGAGUCUUACAGGCAAUCGUGGCCAAAACGUGCUGCCAUAAUUGGGUUCGAGGUGACAGCGCACGUAACUGGUGCUACUUGUCGAGGGAUGACUGCCAAGGAGCCUUCUGAGCUGUGCUGGGGGCAGCCCUCCACAAAAAGUCCAGGCCGGGGCCGGAAGUCGAGCGCCUGGUGGAGGGCGGGGUGGAGCUGCAAAGAGGUAAGGCCUAGGGGAGGCUGAGGAUGGAAGCUGUGAAGAGACCAAAGUGCUGCUACGAACUCUUUGGAAAUACGAUUUUUAAAAGAGAAAUUAGAAAUAGAGAAAAAUUGAAGAAUGGUCUUUCAUACUCCUCCUACUACACCUGUGUAGGUGCAUUUUGGUCUUUCUGGCCCUUUUUCUCCACUUUGAAGCAUGGUACUCUGGAAGACCAGCACAGCGAUGCUGUGGGCAGUGCAGGGCCUGGGAAUCCAAAGGCCUGGGAGGACUGGCAAUCUAGCCCCCAUGCUGAGCUGUAAUUCCCAGGCUGGGUCUGCUGUGGCUCAGAGUCCACGGGAGCACCUUGGCCUUCCCCGAACCAGGCUCUCAAUAGGAUCCUGCACUUUUCUGACCAGCUUCCUUGGCCCUAAGAUCAGAACACCCAGUUCUUCCCCUCCACCGGCCCACUGCCCUGGGAGGCCCAGGCAUCCUUUGAAAUAGCACAAAGCCCUGGGCUCCUUUUGCUCAAAGAAGAAAGCAGGGACCAAAGGCGGCUUCCACAAGAUUUGGAAGCAGCAGAUGGAGGAGACAGGGAUUGAUAUUCUCAUUUGAGAGGAUAAAUGUUAUGGGGUCCAAGGCUCAGAAGAGUAAAGCAAUCAGCCUAAGGUCACACAGCAAAUUAGCACUGGGGCCAGUCCUUCAGCAGUGAGUUGGGAGCAGCCAAGGCCUCCAAAGGAAGAGUCUGAAGCUUCCAGGCCAUGAAGAUGAACAGUGUAAAGGUCCUGGACUGUAGGGGCUCCUAUUUACAGAUGGGGUUAUAGCUGUGAACCCUGGCCCACUGAAUCCCUGUCCAGUGGAUGGCCCCAGGUAGUAGGAGUGAGUGAGCAAAGGCCUCCAAUCACCUGGCAGCUGCAUCACAGGAAGACCUAAUACCAUUGGCCAAUAUUGUGGGGGGGGGGUUGCUUCAGUUUCUCCUACCCCCUGUGGGCCCACAGGACUACAAUUCCCAGGGGACCCUGCUCCAGGCUGUCGAUCCCUGUUAGUGUGUAAUCUGACCGUCCCUUUUGAAAGGUCACUUCAGAGCUCCUUGAGGGACAGCAACAGAGGGAGCUCAGAGCAUCUGGCUUUGGUGGGGGGUGAGGUCUCAGAUGACAUCCUCCAUACCACCCCCUGGAACUCAGGGUCUUAGUCCCCCUUCUCCCAGACACCCCGUGUCUUCCUCUAGCCACAUCUCUUCUAUGUGGGGCACACUGACCCUCGAUUCCUGGCCCUUCAACCUACAGAGGUCUCCCGCCCCUCUUGCCAUAACAUGUGGCCUCACCACCAGAGUGCAGCCAUUGACAACCCCCCAGUAUAGAGACACUAUGGAAGCUUGACCAGAGGUCAUCCAUCCCGUGGUUUACAGUCUCUUUGGGCAAAUGUCUAAAACAAGCCAAGCUUCUCUGAGGAAGCCUGGGCCUCCUGAAACCUGCCCCCCUAACCGUCCCCUCGGCCUCUCCUGAAUGAGAGCCCACAAUCCAGCCCCACCCUUCGUCUAUAACCCAGGAGAGGGGCCAGAUCAGGGCGACCUCUUAGCCAAAGUCACAGCUCAUUGGCUCCAGUCAAGCCUCGGACCUCUCAAGCCAGCACUCUGCCUGUUUGCAUCUUGACCCUGUGGAAGACAGAGACAGGCAGAAGACAAGACCCCAGUGUGUGAGUCCAAGAAGUGGGUCAGCACAGAGCUGUGAAUGAGCCAGGCCGAGUCUGGCCUGGCCCUGUUUGGAGCUUGGCCCUGCUCUUCCUGUCCCUCUCUCCUCUCCUCCCCUCACCCUCAAAAUAGCUCCCUCAGCUGUCAGGCCAAGACCCCACCCAUCGCGGGGGGAGGCGGGGCAUGCUGCCCAGAGUUGGGCUUUAAAUCACCAGACGCCUGGGGAUCUCCACUCCCUGGCUGGAGGCACCUCGGAGGCCGCCCGUCCACCCACCCACCGGUCAGUCCGGCCUGCCCUCCCGCAGCCAUGUCCCGGCCCCUGUCAGACCAGGACAAGAGAAAGCAGAUCAGCGUGCGUGGCCUGGCCGGCGUGGAGAACGUGACCGACCUGAAGAAGAACUUCAACCGGCAUCUACAUUUCACACUCGUGAAGGACCGCAAUGUGGCCACCCCGCGGGACUACUACUUCGCGCUGGCCCACACCGUGCGCGACCACCUCGUGGGGCGCUGGAUCCGCACCCAGCAGUACUACUAUGAGAAGGACCCCAAGAGGAUCUACUACCUGUCUCUGGAGUUCUAUAUGGGCCGGACUCUACAAAACACCAUGGUGAACCUGGCUUUGGAGAACGCCUGUGAUGAGGCCGUCUACCAGCUGGGCCUGGACAUGGAGGAGCUGGAGGAAAUCGAGGAAGAUGCGGGGCUGGGCAACGGGGGCCUGGGCCGACUGGCAGCCUGCUUUCUGGACUCUAUGGCAACACUGGGUCUAGCUGCCUAUGGCUACGGAAUCCGCUAUGAGUUUGGGAUUUUUAACCAGAAGAUCUCUGGGGGCUGGCAGAUGGAGGAGGCUGAUGACUGGCUUCGCUACGGCAACCCCUGGGAGAAGGCUCGACCUGAGUUUACGCUGCCUGUGCACUUCUAUGGCCGAGUGGAGCACACCAGCCAGGGGGCCAAGUGGGUGGACACACAGGUGGUGUUGGCCAUGCCUUACGACACGCCUGUGCCCGGCUAUCGCAACAACACAGUCAACACCAUGCGCCUGUGGUCUGCCAAGGCCCCCAAUGACUUCAACCUCAAGGACUUCAACAUCGGUGGCUACAUCCAGGCUGUGCUGGACCGAAACCUGGCUGAGAACAUCUCUCGUGUCCUGUAUCCCAAUGACAAUUUCUUUGAGGGAAAGGAACUUCGGCUAAAGCAGGAGUACUUUGUAGUGGCUGCUACACUCCAGGACAUCAUCCGUCGCUUCAAAUCUUCCAAGUUCGGCUGCCGCGACCCCGUGCGCACGAGCUUCGAUGCCUUCCCGGAUAAGGUAGCUAUCCAGCUCAAUGAUACCCAUCCUUCCUUGGCCAUUCCCGAGCUGAUGAGGAUUCUGGUUGACCUGGAGCGGCUGGACUGGGACAAGGCAUGGGAGGUGACGGUGAAGACCUGUGCCUACACCAACCACACAGUGCUGCCCGAGGCCCUGGAGCGCUGGCCCGUGCACCUCAUGGAGACCUUGCUGCCGCGGCACCUCCAGAUCAUCUACGAGAUCAACCAGCGCUUCCUCAACCGGGUCGCAGCCGCGUUCCCAGGGGACGUAGACCGGCUGCGGCGCAUGUCGCUUGUGGAGGAAGAAGCAGUCAAGCGCAUUAACAUGGCCCACCUGUGCAUCGCUGGGUCCCAUGCCGUCAAUGGAGUGGCUCGCAUUCACUCUGAGAUCCUCAAGAAGACCAUCUUCAAGGACUUCUACGAGCUGGAACCUCAUAAGUUCCAGAAUAAGACCAAUGGCAUCACCCCUCGGCGCUGGCUGGUUAUGUGUAACCCAGGGCUGGCAGAGGUCAUCGCUGAGCGCAUCGGGGAGGACUACAUCUCAGACCUGGACCAGCUGCGUAAACUGCUCUCCUAUGUGGACGAUGAAGCCUUUAUCCGGGAUGUGGCCAAAGUGAAGCAGGAAAACAAACUGAAGUUCUCUGCAUAUCUGGAGAAGGAAUACAAAGUCCAUAUCAACCCCAACUCGCUCUUCGACAUCCAGGUGAAGCGGAUCCAUGAAUACAAACGCCAGCUCCUCAACUGCCUCCACAUCAUCACCAUGUACAACCGCAUCAAGAAGGAACCCAACAAGUUUUUUGUGCCUCGAACUGUGAUGAUAGGAGGGAAGGCUGCCCCUGGGUACCACAUGGCCAAGAUGAUCAUCAGGCUCAUCACUGCCAUUGGGGAUGUGGUCAACCACGACCCGGUAAUAGGAGACCGACUCCGCGUGAUCUUCCUGGAGAACUACAGAGUCUCACUGGCCGAGAAAGUGAUUCCGGCUGCUGACCUCUCUGAGCAAAUCUCCACUGCGGGCACUGAGGCCUCAGGCACUGGCAACAUGAAGUUCAUGCUCAAUGGGGCUCUGACCAUUGGCACCAUGGAUGGGGCCAACGUGGAGAUGGCAGAAGAGGCAGGAGAGGAGAACUUCUUUAUCUUCGGCAUGCGGGUGGAGGACGUGGAAAAGCUUGACCAAAAAGGGUACAAUGCCCAGGAAUACUACGACCGAGUUCCUGAGCUUCGACAGAUCAUCGAGCAGCUGAACAGCGGCUUCUUUUCGCCUAAACAGCCUGACCUGUUCAAGGACAUUGUCAACAUGCUUAUGCACCAUGACCGGUUUAAAGUCUUUGCAGAUUAUGAAGACUACAUUAAAUGCCAGGAGAGAGUCAAUGCCCUGUACAAGAACCCGAGAGAGUGGACGCGGACGGUGAUCAGGAACAUAGCCACUUCUGGCAAGUUCUCCAGUGACCGCACCAUUACCCAGUAUGCGCGGGAGAUCUGGGGCGUAGAGCCUUCUCGCCAGCGCCUGCCAGCCCCUGAUGAGAUGAUGUGAGCCUCCAGACCAGAUUCCAAAUCAGCCCUUGAAUCUUUGUAAUCCCUUGGGCCAGCCCCAGCUUCUCAUCCGGAGAGUGGGGUACUGGAGUUAGAUCUUUAAGCCUCUUCCUGGAACCCACAUUUCUCUUCAGCCUUGAGGUUCCAGUGUCCAGCGUGACUGAGGACACUGCUCUCAUCCCGUCCUCGGGCUUCCUGCCCGCUCCUAUUUUAUGGGUCUGACCAACUGUACCCCCCCCAAUAAAUUGAUUCUCCUUGGGAGCCUC